AUGAUAUUCGAGCAGUGGUUGUAUUCAGAACUUGGCGAAAGUACUUUUCCAUCGCUUCAUUUACCGCCAUUUGCAGAUCGAAUUAAAUUGACUCAACCGUUUCCACUUCAAGUUAAUUGGGCAAUUGAUAUUCAUAUAUCAAAAUAUAGCCAAUAUCGCUCACUUAAUCCAAUUUUCAAUGAUAACAGUGGUUUUAACAACGAGUAUGACGAAGAUAAUAUGGAGAAUUUGAUGGAAAAUAAACAUCGAUCGUUAUUAUUGGAAGUAACCGAUGGUCAACGAAAAUUAAAAGGCUUGGAGUUUGGUGAUAUUAAAGAUUUUAAUGUUAAAUGGCCACCUGGAUUCAAGGCAAUAUUUAUAUCUCAAUUUUUAAAUUCAUUUAUUCGAAAUUCUUCUAAUAGCUAA